UGCAGCACAAGAAAGAAGAAGGAAUGCAUAAAACCAUUCCCAGAGCAUUCUCUCUCAUCGUUCCUGCUCCUCGCAUCGCGCUCGAUCGCUUCGCACGGUCUCUCGUCUCCAUUUCAUCUUUCGCCUCAUCGUCGUCUCCAACAAGGUUUUUAGCCAUGAAGCUCGAUACCAGCGGCCUUGAGUCCGCCAUGCCCUUUUUCGGGGCGAACAGAGAGCUGGUUGAGGGGUUUUCGGCUGCCCCGUCUUUUGAAAUUCCUGGUGUUUGUGAUUUCGACGGCUUUCAAAAAGAAGCUUUGCAGAUGGUGAAGCCAGCUAAGGGAACGACCACCCUUGCUUUUAUUUUUAAAGAGGGUGUUAUGGUUGCUGCUGAUUCCCGAGCUAGCAUGGGAGGCUAUAUCUCAUCUCAGUCAGUGAAGAAGAUAAUUGAAAUAAAUCCAUACAUGCUAGGAACAAUGGCUGGAGGAGCUGCUGACUGCCAAUUUUGGCACCGAAAUCUAGGUAUUAAGUGUCGGCUCCAUGAAUUGGCAAACAAACGGAGGAUCUCAGUCACAGGGGCUUCAAAGCUCCUUGCAAACAUUCUCUAUUCAUAUCGUGGAAUGGGUCUAUCGGUUGGGACGAUGAUCGCUGGCUGGGAUGAGACGGGCCCAGGUCUAUAUUAUGUGGACAGUGAGGGAGGAAGAUUGAAAGGGACUCGGUUCUCAGUUGGAUCUGGGUCACCAUAUGCAUAUGGGGUUUUGGAUAGCGGCUAUCAUUAUGACAUGUCAGUUGAAGAAGCUGCAGAAUUGGCUAGAAGAGCCAUUUACCAUGCAACUUUUCGUGAUGGAGCCAGUGGUGGAGUUGCAAGCGUCUAUCAUGUGGGGCCAACUGGAUGGAAGAAGCUAUCUGGUGAUGAUGUCGGGGAACUUCACUACAGCUACUACCCUGUCGUGCCUAGCACGGUGGAACAGGAAAUGGCUGAAGUCACAGUGGCGCCAUGAAAGGAUCUCUUCUUCAACUGAAUGCUUUUGAGUGGGUUCUUUUGUGUUCCCAUCUGCCAGGGGAGACGGCUAUCUUCACGUGCUUAUGUAUCUUGAUCUUUUUUAGCUGGGGAUUGAUGAUCAGAACAGCCCUUGAUGAACUUGAAAUGAACUAAAAUUAGAAGAGAAUCUACUGAAUAGUCAUUGCCUCGUUUAUCCUAGUCAA